AUGCUGGGCGUCGCUGAUAAUAUAUUACGUCUAAUAAACGCUGUUUUCCUCAUCAUCGCAAUCGCAUUGACCAGUGCUCUUAUAAACACACAAAAUGGUCAUCACAACUCAAGAGUCAAUUACUGUAUGUUCGCAUGCGCUUUCGGUCUAUUCUUUGACUCUAUUUAUGGUAUAUGCGCCAAUUUCUUCCAAGUGUUAGCAUGGCCACUAUUAUUAUUCACUCUAGAUUUCUUAAACUUCGCAUUCACUUUCAGUGCAGCUACCGCAUUAGCUGUAGGUAUUAGAGCACAUUCAUGUGGCAAUCAAUCAUAUCUAGAUUCUAAUAAAAUCGUUCGUGGUUCAGGUCAAAGAUGCAGAGAAGCUCAAGCUCUAGUAGCCUUCUUAUACUUCUCAACAGCCAUUUUCAUCGCUAAAAUGAUAAUGUCUUGCAUCAACUUAUUCCAAAAUGGUGCUUUCUCAAGCGGCUCUUCAAGAUUCAUCUCAAGAAGAAAGAAGCAUGCUACUGAUGUCGGGGGUGUUCCAAACAUCUCUCAAGUUUAA